GUGCUGUCCCUCAAGGAGAGAUGCUCGCGUCUCGAGGCCGAGUGUGAUGCUCUGCGAGGUCAGGUGAAGGGGCUGCAGGACGUAGGGCGGGCCUCCGAGCGAGCCUACCGCUCGCUGCAGGAUGAGGUGCGCGCCCAGCUGGCCGGCCUCGCGGCUGGCGAGCCCAGCGGCGAGGGACCCGCCAGGGCCGCUCCCGCGAAGGCCGGCAAGAAGGGCGGCGUUCAGUUCCGCCAGCGGGACAGCGUGGUCGCCAUCGAGUCGGCCAGGGCCGGCGCACCAGUCGGCGGAGAGGAAGGGGGGCGGCGCAAGCGCGUGCCCACGGCCUUCCCGCCGCAGAUUGGGGGUGCCAGCCAGGGGGCGCGCUUCCAGAAUGGCGCGGAGGAGGUCGAGGAGGAGGGCGAUGCGGAAGCUGCCGCCCCGCUGCGGCCCACGCGCGGGCGCCAGUCCACCGCCUUCGCGCCCAAGCAGGCCAGCCCCGACUCUGACUCGGGCGAGGACGAGGACGCGAGGCCUGCGGGUGGAAAGGCGACUGGCAGAAGACGAGUGCCGACAGCAUUCCCGACAAAGGUUGAGGACGACUCGGAAGACGAAGAGGACGACGCGGACGUUGAUGAAAAGGCGUCCGCGGAUUCGUCGCCGAAGAAGAUAGGGCACUACUUUGGGCGAUAA